AGUCAACCACUGCCUCACUUCCUGACCGUUCUCGCGAGAACUUUGGAUGCGGGGAUACCUCACCGUACGUGUCGCGACCUGUCGGCUACCGGCCGCGGUGGAGUACCGCGAAGUUACCACCCCACCGCAGGCAGAGUGAGCGCGUUGAUCGCGAGAGUGUUGCCAGAACUUGACAUAGAACGGAGUAGCAAAGCAUGCCAUGAGCGGGAGAGCGCGCAAAGGUAAAGCAGGAGAAAAACAACGUUGUUUUAGCAUUUCCACCGAAGCAAGUGAAUCAGUCAGCUUUCGUAGUUUGUGGUGUGCGCUACAACGCUUGGAAUCUCGCCGGGCGCAGCAGCCGUUGUCUCGGCGGCGUAUCAGUCAGUUAGUCAGUCAGGUGUUUUCCCCCUAUCAGUUGGUGUUGCGCGUGUUUCCCUUUUGUUUGUACCAACAGCUGGACAGUCGAAGGAAGUGCGCGUUUUAUCAUUAAUCAUUUUAGAACCAACUCCCCUGCUGGAAAAAGGGCGGUUGUGAAUGGAUUAACCGCGAGUGGGUGGUCAUCAGCAAACCGGUGACUUUGAAACUCCCACGCGCCACCGAUUCCACCCGAUCCGAUCCGAUCCGAUCCGAUCCGGUGAUCCGAGUGAAGGAUUAUAGGUGAUGAUAACCAGUUGGUUCCCGAAGACGACUUGCGCUGUGACCUUUUCGUGAAUCACACGUGUUCCGUGCGCACAUGAGAACCGAGGCGCUAAAGAGCACAGCCAGUUGGUGUGAUUGUGUGUGUGUUUUUAUUUUGAGUGCGCACGCGAGAGAAGCGACAUUGCGCGGCGGUGUUAUAUUUACGGGUUGAAAUAUUUAUAAUGACAAUUAUUACCGUCGUAACGAAUAUGGAUUAAGUUGUGUUCUGUCCGCGCCCGACUAGUUUAGAACCGUUGUGUCGGAGUGUUUGUGUAUUUGAAGGAAGUGGGUAGGAAAAAAAACAAAUAGUGAACAAACUGAGCGGGUUUUUUUUGUGUAUGUUUGUGCCGGUGUCUUUGCGCAAUACUAGUCGCGAGUAGUGUCGUAGAAGAAGGAAAAAAAACAACAGCACUCUGUGACAUUUUGACUUAAGUCACUUGAAAUGUCAAAGCAUUUAUAAGUUUAAAUGUUACAUCGCUUGGUUUUCUUUGAAUAAACCCGUGUGGCCUACUGGGCUGUGUGUGCGGUGUUUGUUUGCAAGUGUGUACAAUACCAGAAGUGAGACGACGUGAUGACGGCGGUGAUGGCACUCCAAGUGUCAGUACUUUGGUAAUGAGAACAGUGCGCUACGACCGGUAUGUACUGUGGUACGGCGUUGCGGGGUGGUACCAGACGACGGGGGUAGACGCUGAAAUUAAUAUCUGUGCAGAGAUUCGUUGACGAUCGACGGGGUGUGUGUGUAUGUGACGGUAUGUGCUGCCAGUGACAUAUCCGGUGUUGUGGACGGCAUCAGUGAAUGGUAACCGUAACGACAAUAACAUCAACAACAACAACAAUAAAGAAGAAAACAAGGAAUGACAACUUCAACUGACCAUUGGAAAGUAAUCUGGUGACGGUGAUAAACUGUGAAUGUACUUUUUUUUUAUUAUUAUCAGCACGAGUACCGUGCAUCGCGCUAUUGAAUUACCACAAUCGGAAAUAAUCGGGUCUUUUGAACUGAAGCAAAAUAAAAAAAGCAAGAAAUAAUAAACGACGUAACAAACCAGUGUUUGCUGAGACAAUACCAGAUCGUUAAGAUUUCGUCAGUGUUGAAUUGAAACCCGGAUCCCGAACGUACGUACGGAAUCUAUUUUCAAGCUUCCAGCCACAACACGUGUUUUUGUGUGUGGCCGCCGCAAAAGUCCCAGUAGUCGAUGCCCCGUUUGCCGUUAGUUCGAGUGAAAAACUACAGCAGCGAUAAAACUGUGUCUAUUUGUAUACUGAUAAGAGCGUCACCUUCCCGAUCGUACUGUCGUAGGCCGCGUCCAAGUUCACCAACGGCGAACCCUCCAAACCUGAACUGAACACUGCGGAGCCAGCGCGGAGGUGUCUCGGAUGUUGUUUAGUAGUUCUUGUGAGUGUAGUUUUUUUUUACUGUGGUGCGGGACGGUGAAGAACAACUAAGUAAGUGCAAACGACUAAAAACAAUAAGGCACGUACACGUACCUGGCUUAUCGGCUCUCCGGUUGAAACCUCUGACACUCCAUCACUCUGCUCCGUGCGGUGAAAAAAAAGAAGAAAAAGGGACAAGGUCCUUAUCUGCUAGCUCAAUCAGCGAUUGGGGCACCGUCGUUAGUAGUCGGUUCGUCGUCAUCGUCAUCCAUCAAGGGUCGUUUGGAUGACCUGCGAUCUUUCCAGGAAUGUUCCGAUGAGAACAUGAGGGAAGUGAACUCGUCGGAAACAUCGGUAGUAUGGCCAGCUUGGUGUUAUUCAGGAGAAACGGUUAAUGAAGAUUUACCACAAGCAACCUCAGCGGCAGCACUAUCGCCAUCAUUGGCCUUAGCUCAGCAACAGCAGCAGCAGCAGCAACAGUCGUCGCGGUUCCAGCAAUCGUCAUCAAAUCAAUCACCGUCAUCAUCAGCGUCCUCGUCGCCGUCGUCCGUUCAUUCGGUGCAAGGUGCUGGCAAGUCACUGUCGAACCGUGGAACCAUCGGGACCGGUGGUGGUGGUAGAGGUGGCAAAAGAAAAUCAAUCACACCGACUUCUCCCGGAUCGUCGCCACAGUCGGCACUGACGGCCGCCUUGGGUGCAAGUUCCGUAGCAGCCCUGGCGACGGCAGCAGCAGCAGCGGCAGCGGCGGCUUUCCAAGCGUCGCCCAGAACGAGAUCCACCCCACCGAGCAGUCUGCAGUUGCAGCUUCCGGAAAACGGAAACGGCUGCCGAAGAUCACCGUCCCAGCACUCCUCGGUGACUCACGGGGACGAUGGUCAUUACUCAGUGCUAAACAAUAACAAUAACAACAACAAUAACAAUAACAACAACAAUAGCAGCAGCAGCAAUUUCAACAGUCAAGUCGCUGCUCUUCAAUCGCUGGAUAAGAUGCUGAGCGAACGGAUCUACGAUCGGAAAAAGUAUCUCAACUCCCCGACGGGGAGCGCCGUAGCCGCAGCAGCAGCCGCGGCAGCCGCCAGUUCGUUCUACGAAAAAUUUCGGAACGGAGCAGCUGCCGCCGUUGCCGCCUCCGCCGGUGAGGUGGAACUGAACCUAAUCAAGAAUGGCCAAUCGCCGCUGGCCGACAGUGAUCUUAGUGCAAUCAGUAAUAAUAAUAGUGGUAAUAGUGCUAACGGAGGAGGUGGCAGUGGGCUGCUAGUGGCCGCCAACGGUGGCAGCUGCGGGAGCAGUGCCGGUUCCGUGUCCGAUGGCAAUAGUUUGAGUAAUAGUAACAACCAAAUUAGUAGUAAUAAUAUUCAUAAUAGUAAUAUAAUCAACAACACGAGCAGUAGCAGCAGCACCGGCAGCACCAACAAUAGCAAUAAUAAUAGUAUUAAAAGCGAACGGUUCAGCCCGAACAACAACGACGUGCAAUCGACGGCUUCCAGAUCACGAAGUGUGACACCGUCAUCGUUUUCCGGGACCCCACCGCAGAUAAUGCAUGUCACCGAUGUGGCAUUCCCGAGCAGUAUUCCAACCAGCGGGUUGCUUCCGUCCCCCAACUCGGCCAUGGGUGGUGGCCGACCAGAGUUUCAGGCCCGCAACUAUUCCGACUUCAUGCGCAGUCUGGCGGCCAAGUACAAUAACAACAACAACAACAACAACAACAGCAACAACAACAAUAACAACAAUUCGAGCAUCGGUGCCGGCGACCAAUCGAGUGUGAAGAAUCCAUUUCUAGAGCCAAAAAUGCGAAUGAAUCAGCCAAAAUCGUUCAUCGAGAACUCCCUAGGCAGUAAGAAAAGCAGUCCAAUUACCUCCGCUCAAGUACCUAAUCCAAGUAUUAUGUCUUCGUUGUUUCCGGGUCUACCAUUCCAGUCGGCGGUCUUUCCACCGCUGAUUGACAUGAGCAGCACUCAGGCUCUGGUUGCACUGGCUCGUGCCGCCAAAGAAUCCGGCAUCCAUAAUCUCCUCAAGCCGGAAGACGGUGGACUGAAGAAACUUUCGGCCGGAUCUCGAAACUCGUCACCACCACCACGGUCCUCGAUGGCGAAUCAGUUUCAAUCACCCUUCCCCUCACGGUACCUGCCCGGGCUGCUACCGAACCAUUUGGCGGCCAGCUAUCCGACUCAACCACCGGCGGCACCGGUUCCCGCGAUCUCACCUCUCAAAUCACCGACCCGACCGACGGACGGUGUAUCCACAUUCCCGCUGGACCUUAGCUCGGCACCGUCCGCCUCGGCGAAACGGAUAAAAUUGUCCCCGACACCGAGCCGGAACCAGGACGGAUCGCCUGCACCGAGCUCCACCAACAGUCAACCGUCGGAUUCGCCGAUUGGGUUGGCAGCGCCCCGGAAGUGUCACGCCCGCAUCGAAGAACUCAGCUCCUGGACGGUGGACAACGUGUGCGACUUUGUCGGCAGCAUCGACAUCUGCGCCGAGUACGUUCAGAACUUUCGUGACCAGAGCAUCGACGGAGCAGGUUUGCCGCUGCUAACCGAGGAACACCUGACCAAUUCGCUCGGUAUGAAACUGGGACCGGCACUGAAGCUGAAAUCGAUGCUGGCCAAAAAACUGGGCGGUCCGUGUCCGUGUGCUCUCUGCAUGACCGCAUCGACAGCGUCCCGGAACAGCACGAAAGGAGACACGACACCAACCAACCGACCCCCGAGCAAUGGAUCCGUUGGUUAAACGAAUUCCGAAACACGGCGGAACCCAGACCAGUGAUUGAUUUCCAUUUCGCGUACCGUACGUACUUACACUAGAACGCGGCAGGUUUUCCAUCCGAGGAAAAAACCGAUUUUCAUUUCGCCGGGACAUGUACAAUAUUACAUUUUAAUCGUUACACCUAGCGCCUAAGUCCUUGUUAUCUCCGGUCGGCCGACCCGCAGGAACUAGACACAGAGAAAGAGAGAGAGAGAGAGAGAGAGAGAGAGAGAGAUAGUUUCCUUUAGGUUUAUUUUUUGUUUGUUAUAUCAUUAUAGACAGUUUCCUCCGCUGGAACAGCGAUCGAGUUGUUAGUAUUUCGAUUGGAAAACGAACAAUUAUUUAUUUCACCUUCUAGCGAUAGGAGCAACGCAACUUAUCACACUUACACACACUCACAGGAAAGACUUAAACAAUAUCGAGCGAAGCGAAAAAUUAUGUUAGAGUCGUAAUUAAGAGACACAAAAUUGUGCUUAUUGUUUUCAGUUUUUUUUUCUCACAUUUGGUUUUCAUUAAUAUGGUAGUCGAUGAUCGAUGGUCAGCUGGAAUCAUCUGAUGGGGAAAAAAUUUUAUCGCGUCAAAAUUCGACUUUUACUUUAAUAUUUAACUUUUAAUGUUAUCGACUAGGAUUAAGUGCGCAUUAUUAUCAGUAUUUAUCGUGAAAAGUUGAAUUCAAACGAAUGCAGUUAUACUGCAUCUAUGUUAGUAGCUCUAUUAUAUAUGAAAGAUACAAAUAAAAGAAACGCAUGUUUGACUAAAA